AUGAUGUAUCUGGCGGUGAAGUUGUUUUGCUUUUCCAUCGUCUUAAAUGUUGUGUGCGGUCGAUAUGCGACGUCGACCGAUGCCGAACCGCAGCAAACCUUCCGCAUCACGCCGAACGACAUCGAGGCGGCACAAGGCGACGAGGUGGUGUUGCGCUGCGAGAUAGAACACCUUGCCGGGCGGGUCCAGUGGACCAAGGACGGGUUUGCGCUCGGCUUCGGUAAUGAAAUCGUCGGAUAUCCGAGGUUUUCCCUGAACCAGAACCACAGCGACGGUGUCUACAAUCUGCGGAUCACCAACACUUCCUACGACGAUGCGGCCCUGUACCAGUGUCAGGUUGGGCCGGCGAAACACAACCAUCCAAUUAGGGCGCAGGCCAAACUGACCGUCGUCGCCACACCCAAAGACUUUCACGGAAAAUACGGCCGAACUUAG